ACAAAAAGUAACAAAAUUGUAUAUUGGGCUUUCCUAGUCCGUCCGUACAUCUUCUCCGACAAAAUCCCCAAAUUCAAUUCAAUUUCAAUCAUCACCAUUGUGGCGAACACGUACCUUUUCUUCAAUCUCAAUCUGUAUAGGGACCAAGUCAAACCAUCAAUUUCACAACUAAGAUUUUCUCUCAAAAAGGGCCAAGAAAGCUGGAUCUUUCACACUCCACAUCUCUGAAAAAUCCUCCAAUGGCUGCUGCUACUGCUACUACUUCCCAACUCUCGUGCUUCUCCGCCAUCAACCGCCAGCUUUACUCCCAUUCCCGCUCCUUUCUUCGUCCCCAGUCGUGGAUUUUGACGAGCGUUGAGCGAAGUUGUGGGAGUAUAAGCAAGAACAGUUUGAGUUAUGUGUCUAAUGAGAGGAAGCCCCAUGUUGAAAGAGCAGAGAAGUCUUCGUAUACUGAUGUGGAGGAAGAUCAAGAAGUUGAGAAUUUGAAGACGACUGAGCCGACCAAAGCAGCAAAGAUCCAUGAUUUUUGUUUUGGAAUUCCAUUUGGUGGAAUUGUUCUUAGUGGAGGUGUUCUUGGUUUUAUCUUUUCAAGAAAUCUUGCGACUUUAACCACUGGUUUGCUUUAUGGAGGAGCUUUGUUAGCUCUCAGCACUUUUAGCUUGAUGAUAUGGAGGGAAGGAAAAUCAAGUUUGCCUUACAUUCUAGGCCAAGGAGCACUAGCAGCAGCUCUUCUCUGGAAAAACUUCCAAACAUUCUCUUUGACCAAGAAAGUUUUUCCAACAGGUGUUUAUGCUUUUAUUAGUGCUGCAAUGCUGUGCUUCUAUUCAUAUGUGCUACUCUCUGGAGGAAAUCCACCACCGAAGAAGUUAAAGUCGUCGGCAACUCCUAGUGCUGCAUUGUAAUAGAAAGGACAUCACGAGGCAUCUCAUCUUGGCUGUCAUAUGCAUUUGGUAUGGGUGCUGCAGACUAGGUCUGGAUUUUCAGUUGCCUCGGUCUCGUGUUUGCUAUAGAUAUCACUAAGAAUAAGAACACUACAUUUUGGUUCCAUUCCAUGUUCCUGAUUUUGUACAAGAAUAAGCUAGUCCUCUCAAAUUUUGCAUCUGUUUCGAUUCAAGUUACCUUAUAGGAAGGUGUUUAGGAUCUUGACCCCUAGAGUUUUCCCUGGUCUUCAUCCAUUAAAAUUAAUGUCUUGUUUCUUCUGGUUAGUCCCUUUCUCAGGGUACCAUUACUGAUUUAUUGGUGGGUGUAUGUAACUAAGGUUAUUAAGUUACUGAAUGAACAUGAAAUAAUACAGUAUCCUAAGUUGUUAGUAUUUUACCUUCUAAUCCUUCAAUUAAAUAUUUCAUAGAA